CAACAAUGUUUAACUAGAAGUCAAAGUGGAAUUUGCUUGUUUCUGCUUGAGGUGAAUGUGCACUAAUAUAGAGAAGACAUGAGCAGACACCGUGCUGUUGUUUUACUGUUCCUCAUUCAACUUGGUGAUUGCUGUCCUGAACUAUGUCAGUGCUUCACAGCUGCAAAGGUCAUUUGUUCAGAUGACACAAUGCGAGUUUUACCUGUCAACAUCUCUGCACAAGUGAAAGAAUUGAUUGUAGUGGCAUCUGGCCUGACAUACAUGGACAGAAGUUCCUUUCGAGAAAACCUCAGACUAACCAAGCUGGUCAUUCUCAACAGCUUGUUGAAAACGUUUUCAUACAAUACCUUUGAAAACCUGGUUGAGCUACAGGAGCUCGAAAUCAGUGGAAACAGUCAUUUGUUGACUUUUAAAAUGCAAACCCUCAACAAGUUGACUAACCUUACAAGGCUUUUCCUUAACAACAAUAAGAUUUCUCUGGAUAAUGACAUUUUUGACCCUUUGCAGAAGCUGGAAACAUUACAGUUGAGAGGGAAUAAUAUAUCAUCUCUGCCCAGUCUUCUUUUUCAUAAUCUUCCCAAUCUUCUGGAACUCGACUUAUCCUUCAACAAUGUGAGCUCUUUGUCAGCUGACGUAUUUCAGAACAACUCUCGCUUGCGUGUGCUCUCACUGCAAGGCAAUAUGAUCUCACAGCUUCCAGAAGGAAUCUUCUCCCACCUUAAUGUCUUGGAAGACCUGAAUCUCCGAAACAAUACCAUAAUAAAUCUGAAUCCUGGAGUGUUCCCAUCCAGUCUCCAGAAACUAGUCCUUAAAAAUAACAUGCUGGUCCAACUAUCCCCAAUGAUUUUUGACAAACUGCAACAGCUUACUUAUCUGGACUUGUCUCAGAAUCGGCUCUCAGAACUUCCUCCAGAUCUCUUCCGGAACCUUUCCUCACUGAAGAACCUUGAUCUAUCGGAGAACCAGAUUACUGCAUUACCUGGCUCUGUUUUCAAAGGACUCAUUAAAGUAAAGGCCAUCCAUUUACAGAAAAAUAAUCUGAGCUCACUCAAUGUAAACUUGUUUAUGGAUCAGCAAGAUAUGGACCAGUUGUACUUAUCCAAGAACAGUCUGCGAAAUAUACCGAAUGGCUUUUUUGAUUACCUUCAUUUCCACUGCAUAGUUCGACUCCACGGAAAUCCCUGGCAGUGUGACUGUGAAAUACAAUACUUACAUAACUGGCUGAGGUAUAACCCUGAAAGCGUGGAGGAUUUGAGCAGAGUUUACUGCGAUGCCCCUGAGUAUAUUAGGGGGCAAAACCUACUUUCCAUUGAUCAGGAACAGCUUGUUUGUCUGAAAAAUUCCAGUUCUAUUACCCCUGGUGUUACAAAGAUACUCCCCAACAGCAAUAAUGACAGCACAACUCAGUGCUCACUCCAAGAACUAAAAGGUGCAACAUCCAUUCAGUGCAAAGUCAGUAAAUGCACCACUUUGAAGUUUCAGGCCCUUUUUGAAUCUUCAGAUGGAAACAAUUCAAAAUACAUAGAGAUCAAAGAGUGGUCAGUGCCCUUUGGAUGCUUCAAUGGGGCUGAUUAGACAAAAACAUUCGCCCUUGAGUGUUUUCAAUUCACAGCAUAUAAGGAACUUUUUGCUGUAAAGUGUAAACAAUUGACAAUAAACUAUCUUCACAAUAUGGCACAGCCAUAUUCUUGCUUCUUGCUCUGAUAAAACAGUUACCACAUAAUAAAAGUAUUAAGGACACAAACUUACGCAGUGAUACAAAUAGAAUCUCUUUAAAGAGGUCAUGACUCAGCUUAAACACUCUAUAGUGCUGAAGUAUCUAGAAUUGUUCACACACACAUUUCAAUACAAGAUAAUUAGACUGUGAAUGACUGUGCAUUUGGUUUAAUGCAAUUUCUCAUUUAAAACAUAAAAGAUGGUCAUUUAUCGCCAUCUAUUAGCGCAAAAGUAUAAUUUGCAGAAAUGGUCAAUGAACGAAUCAAUUAAUGUAUAAAAACUAAUGAAUCAAAAUCCCCACCAUUAAUUGUGAUGACAGUAUUUGAUGAAUUUUAAUGAGAACAUUGUUAACCAGGCACACACAGAUAUCAACACUUGCCAUGCUAAACUCAACAAUGAUGACAGUCCACAAAGAUAUUUGGUAAAACUUUACAUUAAUGUUCUUUUUAUUAUUAAAGGUUUUAUAAAAGGGUUUGUUAAAGACUUAUAAUUCAUUACAGGUGCAUUCAUCUUUGAUAUGCAGUUAUAGCAUGAAUCAAAAUAGAGACUUUCAUCCAUGCAUUUUCUUGCCAAAUAGUGAGCCAUUUUACCUAACAUGUUAACAUUAAAUAAAUGAACACUUUUUUCACAUUUGUAACCUACGAAGGUCCCACUUUAUAUAAGGUGUCUUCAACUACUAUGUACUAACACAAACAUGCAAUACAAUGUACUUAUUGUGUAACUAUAUGUUGUUCUGCAAAAUUCUCACAAGAUUCACAUUUGCUGCUACUGAAGUUAAGGGAAGGGGAGGUUUAGGGUUAGGGUUAAGGGUUAACAGAGUAACUACAGAUGUAAUUAAAUGCAGGUACUUUAAAUGGAAGUACAAUGCUACAUCAUGUAUUUACAUUAUAAGUGUAUUGUAUACAAAGUGAAUAGUAGUUAAAGACAUCUAUCAAAAAGUGGGUCCAACCUAUGUACAUAAAGUUCAGUAUGGUUUAAUGGUCAUAAGGCUUUAUGAUAUAUGCUGUGAAUGAGCAUGAAGACCUGAAAAGUGUUUAGCAGAUGACUUUCGGUAACUAGGACUAGGCAAAACCAUUAUUUUGACAUCAACGUAAUAAGGAAAGUGACAACACAAGAAGUCAAGACAUUAUAGUAAUGAAUGUAAACACAAAGUAGACUGCAGCAAAAUGACUUAAUCCUAGAAGCUAAUAUCUGUAUGUCUUAGAGUCAUCGUAGCGUGGUUUGAUUGUAGAUCAUGCCUUAAAAGAAUAUACUCAUGCUAAUAUUUAUGAAUAUUGUAUGCACUGCUUGAUUAUUGACUAAGUAUGACUCUAUUGAUGUAGAGUUGAUUUUCUAGAACUGACACAUGUUCAUGACAAACCCGUUUGAAAAAUAAAAACAAUAAAUGUGCAAGUAACCCAGCAAAAUGAUAAAAGUGUCUGCUACAAUGAAGAAAUGCAGUGUUCCUGGCAGCAGGAAUCAAUGAGAGAUUUGAUAAGAGAGGUGAAUGAACUUGACCUGUGGGGGUCAAAGUACAGUCAUUAGACUGUAAACAUAAACAUGUUUCAACAAGCCAAAAGAUUAAUUCAGUAACAAAUAAAUGUGUCAGAGUCGAAUCUCUGUGCGAGUACUCUCCAUGUGGCAAAAUCUUGCCUUAACCCUAACCUGUCUGGAUGUUGAUUUUUAAAAGACAAUCAUUUUGGUGAACCAUGAACUUUUAAUUACUUUAAAACCUGUCUUAGGGAUUGACAUGGCAACUAAAAGCCACAUCCAGUAAUAUAAGAAGUUCACCUGUAGAUGGCGUUCCUGUCAAACAUGCUCCUUAGUGAUUCAAAUUAAGGCAAAUUCUUUGGCAGGGAAAUAAAUAUAUACAUGUAACACUCACAAAAUAUAUUUAACUUUAAGAUAAUUUGUUUUUCAAGUGUAGCAUCAAGAAAUUUGUUUUUGUCCUGGCUACAAUAAGUAGGCCUACAAGAAUUGCAUGUAAGAUUAUGACAAAAUCAAACUAGGCAAUUAUAGAAUUAUCCAAUAGAGCUAAUAAUGAAUAUCUGUUUUCGCUUUACUCUGUUCUAUCACUUUGUAUAUCAGUGAUAUGUUGAUAUGUUAGACUCAUGAGAGCUGGUCUCAAUUUUCAGUAUCAGGGAGUGGAACAAUAGAAGGCACAGGCUGCAGUAAAUCAUUAACUGCAACACUUUUUCACUAUCACACAGCACAUAAAUAGCCAUGUUAUGUAAUGCAAUAUUCCUGUGUUUUCAGAAGACCAAUAAACUAAUGCCUUAAAGUUGUCUGGCCAGAGAUCAUGUGACUAACAGCGCUCUGAACUACACAGGGAUACAACAGAAUGUUUGUGUUGUGUUUGUCAAAACUAUAUAUAUAUAUAUAUAUACAUAUAUAAAUUCCUAAAAAUAC